UGUUGUGACAAGCAGAACAAAUAAACAGGAAAUAACAUUAGAUCCGGAAAACUACGUCUUGAUGUAAUCGGCAAUAAAGACAAUAAAGAUUUAAUCCCCACGAAUAAUUUGGUGAUGGUUUGUGUUUUCAAUCGUACAGCGCAAAGUAUAGCACAAUGAAACAAGAACCCGUUCCUGAAUAUAGUUCAGUACCCAUUAUGAGAGGACGAGAGAAACUAAUACGUCCUCGGAAUAAACGUAAAUGCAAAAGAAGAAAAAUUACGCGUGCCCAUAAGCGUUUUUGCAGUUUGAAUGCACACAAGGAUUUUGCAACCACAUCAAAACAAUCAUCACAAGACAGACAGUCUCGUUUCAAGCUUCAAAAUGUUGCUGAUUUUGGCCAUAAAUAUGCACAAAAUGUGUGGAUAAAAACAUAUGAGAGGAUUGUUAGAUGGCAAAACAUCCAUCAGAUAAACUAUUGGAAAUUAACCGCUCAACGGUUAAAGGCAGAAAACAACAGGUUACAGCAGCAACUCUUAUGCAAAAAGGUAACACCCGAAUAUGAAAAACACACAGUUAGAAGCACCAGAUUUCACUUAAAUAAUCAUAACGAUCCGUAUGGAGAUACUGAGAACGAAGAUUCAGACGAUUCCGUUGAGGUCAGAAGAAGCUGCAUUGGUAAAACAGCGUCAACGGGAAAUACAAACACAGAAUUUGAUGAAGACUUCCUGGCCUUCAUGGAAGUAUCCGCACGGCAUAGAUUCGAAUAUAGGAAAUUGAAAAAUCAAUGCAUUAAUUAACAUUAUUUGAAAUAAAUUGACAUAAAGUUUAAAUUUCUAAGAAAUCAAUGAAGUUAAUAUUAAAUUGAACAUCCAAG